GCGCGGUACGCCGGCGUGCGUCGCGAGGGUGGGCGGGACCGCGCAAGCGCGCAGCCCGUCCCGGUUCUGGAGCAUAAACAAGAGUGGGGACGGGAUGAGGCGGCAGUUGGUCCCCGCGCAGCGAGAGGCGGCGAGCGGGGCGACCAGCCGGACCAGACGUAGGUCCUGAGUGUAGCGUGCUCCCCGCGGGCCGCCCGAGUUGAGCCGCGCGCGCUCCCGCCAAGGGGGACCGAGUCCGUCGCGCGCGCGCAGCCAUGAACCUGGCGAGCCAGAGCGGAGAGGCCGGCGCCGGCCAGCUGCUGUUCGCCAACUUCAACCAGGAUAACACGUCCCUAGCUGUUGGUAGUAAGUCCGGGUAUAAGUUUUUCUCCCUUUCUUCUGUGGAUAAGCUGGAACAGAUCUAUGAAUGCACUGACACUGAAGAUGUCUGCAUUGUGGAGAGAUUGUUCUCAAGCAGCUUGGUGGCCAUUGUCAGCCUCAAAGCUCCCAGGAAGCUGAAGGUUUGCCACUUUAAGAAGGGAACCGAGAUAUGCAACUAUAGCUACUCCAACACAAUACUGGCUGUGAAGCUGAACAGGCAGAGGCUCAUCGUGUGUCUGGAAGAGUCGCUCUAUAUACACAACAUCCGGGACAUGAAGGUACUUCAUACCAUUCGAGAGACACCCCCAAACCCUGCAGGCUUAUGUGCACUGUCAAUAAACAAUGACAACUGCUACUUGGCGUAUCCAGGGAGUGCGACCAUUGGAGAGGUGCAGGUCUUCGAUACCAUUAACUUGAGAGCUGCAAACAUGAUCCCAGCUCAUGACAGUCCCUUAGCAGCCCUGGCUUUUGAUGCAAGUGGGACCAAGCUUGCCACUGCUUCUGAGAAGGGAACUGUGAUUCGGGUGUUUUCCAUUCCAGAAGGACAGAAGCUGUUUGAGUUCAGGAGAGGAGUGAAGAGGUGUGUGAGCAUCUGCUCCCUGGCCUUCAGCAUGGACGGCAUGUUCCUGUCCGCAUCCAGCAACACUGAAACAGUGCACAUCUUCAAACUCGAGGCUGUGAGGGAGAAACCUCCAGAAGAGCCCACCACCUGGACUGGCUACUUUGGGAAGGUUCUCAUGGCAUCUACCAGCUACCUGCCCUCACAAGUGACAGAAAUGUUCAACCAGGGCAGAGCUUUUGCUACCGUCCGCCUGCCAUUCUGUGGUCACAAAAACAUCUGCUCACUAACCACAAUUCAGAAGAUCCCACGGUUGCUGGUAGGAGCAUCAGAUGGCUAUCUGUACAUGUACAACCUGGACCCCCAGGAAGGCGGCGAGUGUGCCCUGAUGCGUCAGCACAGGCUUGAUGGCAGCAUGGAGACGACCAGUGAGAUUGUGGACUCUGCGUCUCAUGAGUGCCCCUUAGCAACGCAGACAUACGGCACAGCAGCUGCCAAAGGUGCCUAUGUGCCCUCGUCCCCCACAAGACUUGGUAAAGGACAGGACGCCAACCUAGAAGCCUACACAGAUGACCUGGGUGCUGUGGGUGGCACAUGCCUAGAGGAUGAAGCCAGCGCUCUGCGCUUGGAUGAAGACAGCGAACAUCCUCCCAUGAUUCUCCGGACUGACUGAUCCUGACCUGUGAACUCUGGCCCAGUAGCAGACAACACUGGCCUGGCUGAGGACUCGAGCAUUGCUGCUAUGAACUUUGACCUGAAUUGAGGGAGAGGAUGGCAGAGACUUUAAAGCAAAGAGAUUGUAGUUAUAGCCUAUUCAUACUGUUGAGAAAAUACAGUUUCCACUUCAGUGACUUUAAUCCUGCUUAUGAAUUUACCUUUUGUUUUCUCUCUCUCUCUUAACUUCUCUCUCUCUCUCUCUCUCUCUCUCUCUCUCUCUCUCUUUUUGCCAAAAUUAACUGUUUGGUGAAGUCUGUGGAGUCUCCUUGCUUUGCAUGUGUGAUGUGCCAAGCCAGCAUAGGAGAGCAAGUGGAGUGGCCACUCCAUAGCAAGCCACAGUUGUCAGGUCUCAUGCCAGGGCGCGCAUGAAGAAGUGUCUAUCUGUGGUGAUUCUGCAGGGACAGGGCCCACGUGCCCACCAAGACCAGCCAGGGUAUCAGUGGACAGUGGCCUCUGUCAGGAGUCCUCUUGCCCUGCUGCCUCACCUGGGCUGUUUUCCUCCCAAUUUAUUAAACUAUUCCAGAUUGGAUCGUUCUGGGACUAGCUUCCUCCACGGGGACUGUUGUUUUGGGUCUUAGUCUCCAUGGGGAUCUUGAGAGGGAGAGAGGCAGUUUCUGCUUUCUGUGCCUUCUCUUCUGACAGGUGAACUUGGCAGUCUGCCGGGGCAGCCUGGAGCCAAGGAAGGUGAUUUCGUCAGUGUUGUUAAAUGCUCUGUCUCCUACUGUCCCCAUCCAUAACUGUGACUUGGUUUUUUGUUUUUGUUUUUAAAGGAGGGUCUAUAGCUACUCUGAUUCCUGUAAAAGCACAAAGGUGUAAGACGCUAUGUCAGGUGUCAAUCUGCUGACCUGGAGCUGUGCUGUCUGCCAGAGGCUCCUCUCCUCCCCAGAGACAGCAGAUAGUAGAGAGGCCCCAGGGAGACAGCAGGAGACUCCUCCCAGGGUGAUGUGCCUUUUCUUUUGGUCUUACAUGGGCAGGAAAGUGAGCUCAGAUGUUAGUGCUGCCCUGCGCCUCUGCUUUUGAUUGUUUGGUGUCUUUGGGGAAACUGUGGUCUCACCCCUCAGCCUCUGGAACUCACUAUAUAGCCCAGGAUGGUCUCAAACUCAUAGCAGUCCCCCUGCCUCGACUUCCUGAGAGUUGGAAUUACAGGUACCACUGUGCCCGGCUCCUUUCUCAGCUCUACAGAGGCUCCUUUCUCAGCUCUACAGAAUAAAAAGUUGUCCUCAAAUCUGCAUUCUGAACAACAGACCCUAGCAGGGUCCUGAGCAGGAAAUCAGGAUAAUAAUCAGGGUACCAGGUUAACCCAGCCCAGGUCAGGCAUCUGGACAAGAGGUAACUGCCACCAGGCCAGCGUGGUUACAUCUGGUAAAGUGUUUCUGCAGGGUGCCUGUAGUUAAAUCUGCUGGGGUCCCCUGUUCUUGCUGUCCAAAAGAUGACUAAUCACAUGAGUGUGGUUUGAGGGACGCCCACUAUUAGUUCUGGCUGCUGUUGGCAUCUGUGCCCUGGAGCAUCUGAGGAGCCAAACUGUGUACAGUUUUUGAGAUGUAGUGAGGCUGGGUAUGCCGGACUUUAAACUGCGUGUGUGUCCUAGACCCUGAUAACAUGAGACCCCAGCAGGUGGUCUGGUUCAGUGAGUACUUCUCUGGGAAACUAAAACUGGCCUUCACAGGACCAAGCACAGCCAGCGAGUACUGACAGGAACAGACUGGGAAGUCCACAGAGCUGAUUGGGAGCUGGGGUUUCCUGGAACCAAAGAGUGUGACUGGUGUGCUGGUGACCUUGGCCUUGCACGCUGUGGGUGUGGGACUCGGCUCCAUCUGCUGAGGCUUCCUCUCUUGGGAGUUCGUAUUCCAAAAACAUGUUGGAAUUCAUUUCUCCCUUUUAGCCUGGCUUUCCUUGCUUGAAAAAUUUGGUCAGAAAAGGCCUCUUUUGGGGUCUGGGGCUGUACCUUCAGUCGGUGGUCUCGCCGGGCUGGGCAGAUUUGGUGAGCCUUCCUCUCUUGGGACAGAUGAGGCUCUGCUGACCUCAGGCUGCCGUGCACCACUUGCAGGCCUCGGGUGUGAGGGAGGAGAGGAGCUGGCUGAGGUUAGUACUCGCUGUUGGGACGCACAGCAGUGGAGCCAACUGAGGAACUGAGUCCACACUCGAGUAAGUGCUGACCCCGGGCCUCACAGAGCCGGCAGUUGUAAGAUUUUAUUCCAAAGUUAAGAGAAAAUUUUGGAAUCGGGUGUGGCACACGCCUAUAAACCCAGCAGUCAGGAGAGUGAGGCAAGAGGAUUGCUCUAAGUUUGAGGCCAGCCUAGACAAUAUACUCUUGAGCAAACCUGGCCUACAGAGUGAGAGCCCUGUCUCAAAAAACCAAAGGGUGAUGACUUAAAAAAAAAAAAAGAAAAAAAAAAAAAAAACAACAUGGACUGGGAGUUUAAAAUCCCCCCAAAAUUUAAGAUUAGUGUGAAUUGGGACCAAAGCUUUUGUGUUUUCUCAAAAAAUGAAAGCAAGAGUUGAGAGUCCCUUGUCCUGCCUACACCAACAGCGUUAGCUAGGGGCAGGUCUUAGGGGCCCAGGCUUGGACUGUACAAGAAGAACCCUACCUCACAGGGCUGUUGUGAGGUGUGUGAGGGAUGUCCUGUGAGCACCCAGUGCUGGGUCUGGCCAGCAGUGGACUCCAAUAAACACUAAAACUGAAA